AUGUCCUUAACCGGGGAUAAACUUGGACCUGAAGAUCAGACUUUGGUCAUGGAUGGUAAUUUCAAAGCUGAGCACCUCCAUCCAGUGAAUCCAUCCGAUGAAGUAUCAUUGAUGGACGGUCUUGCAUUCAUGGUUGGAGAUGAAAGAUACAAGAGUCAUUUAUCCAUUGCACAAGACCGUGUCCAAAGAUCAGAUUGUAACAAUCACCACGCAGUCAAUCAAGCAAAUGCCUCCCGACAAAAGCUAGAGGCCACUGGUAUAGGAGGAUGUGCAUGUGCACAGCAUGGAUGUUUUGUCCCACAUUCCAUGGUGGAUUUUCAGAAGGGUGAAAGGCAGAUGAACAUGGACUAUGCCUUGAGUCAAGCACUCAACUACAAUACAGAUGGAAUCUCACAAGCCAUAACCUUCUACGACAUAAAUUGUUUGUGGCAUGUACAUGGCCAUCAGGACAGCUGCUAUGUCCAGUAUGCCUCAAAUUUUAUCCGUGGAACCGGCAGGAUUGAUGGAGAGAUCAUGGAAACCCUCUGGGCAUCUUUAAACAUAAUCUCUCCAUCAGCUAGGGGCAUGGGAACUCCGCAUCGCAAGGAGGUAUUGGAUUAUCAAAUGAAUGAUUGCAACUUCAUUAAAAUGAUCCGCAUGACCAAAUUUCUCUGCAGAAAGUUUAAAGAGGCUGCCAGGGGUGCUGCAGAGAGCAAAAUGUCAUUUCAAAAUCUUAAUGAGACAGCUCACCCUGACAUGGUCAUUCUUUGGGAAGCGGAAGAGGCACUUGCCCAUGCAAACCGAUUGGAGGAUCCAACAGCCAUGGAUAUUUAUGAGGUCCGGUUGGAAAAGGAAAGCAAUAGGAGUUGCGCCUGCUACAGGCUCAAAAUCGUCCGGAUCAUUUGGUCACCAAUUCUAUCAGUCGAUGAGGGGCUGCCACUUGGCUCACAACCGGGUCUCACCAUAGAAGAAUUCCAAAUCUCUCUCUCUAGAGAUGUUAAAAGGCUCAGGAGACAUCCUACAGACAUUCAAUUACUGAGAGUGGCCCGACUUAGAGAUAAGCUGCAAACUCAGAUAACAAACUUUCUUGAGAUGGCAUCCACUUAUCUUGGAUGUGAAGUCGAUGCAAAUGAACCAGAUUCUCCGGUAGACAGGGAUCAUGAUUCACUGGAUGAAGAAGAUUAUUCCGAUCUCGAUGAUCAUGAUCAACAUCUGGAUCCGGAAACACAUACCUCCAUAUUUCAAUCAGAGCUUACUAUCAUACCUUUUCCUCUAGAAGUGGCCCACUUCACUCCCAUCUUAACACCUUUGCCUUCUAACCUUGGUGAGGCCAGAUGCAAGGCAUUGGGUCUAACAGAUCUCAUGAAAGAAGAAACCGUCCUCCGUGAAGGCCAGGCCAAUGAUGCACUCCAUGCAAUUAGAGUUCAUUUGGGAGAUAAAACUGUGAUAUUCCGGGAUACUGUCCGGUCCGCCAAAUCACAAGCUGCCUCAACCCAGGCAUGGACUCAAGUUCGUUCAGUGGAAGCAGCAGUAAAGCUCAAUGUCAGGAUAUACUCGAAAUGCCGGUUGCAGCUAGGUCGACUCCCUAAUCACAACCUCUUGAAGAAAUAUCUUCCGUUAGAGAAAGAACACCUGAAAACAAGCACUGCUGUGGCAGAUCCAAAUGCAUGUGGUCAGAGGAACACCACCCUCGCAUGGUUCUGGUCCCUUGAUGUUCAGGGUGAUACAUCCGGAAAUGACAGAAUCACAAGGCCAAGCAAUGUGCCACCAGACAAUCUCAAAUAUAUCAUGACCUGGCCGGACAUGCGGCAGAUUCGUUUGGCAAAUUCAUUCCGGACAUUCAGGGUGAUAUACAGGUUGACGUACAUAAUCAUACUCUGUUGGUCUCACCACUACCACAACAACCACCGCUACAAUUGCUGCAUCAUUUUCUUUUUGCUCUCUAUGAACCAUACUGGAGAUCUGGUUGGCUCUGCCCAAGUCAUGAUGGCUUAUUCAGAUGGUCAGGUCACUGCUGGAGAGAUUUCUCAUGCCCUAUUCUAUGCCAAUUUGCGUUUGUUGGCCAUGCGCCUGUAUGUGGACAAGAGCUUUGCCACAUCCCUGCCUGGAUAUGCAGAAGCAUUCCACACACUCAUGAAAUGGGAAAUGGAGACCUUUGUCACGCCUUUCAUCAAUAUAACCUUCCUUAGCAGGUGCUCCGCUGUCAUUCCAACGCUCCUUCAUGAUGUGAUUGCAAUCAGGAUGGCACAUACAUUGGUAGACCGGCAGCCAGAUGUCACUGAGAUUUUCAUGGAGAUCAAAGCAUUGGACCUCUUGUGCACUGCAAUCAAUCAGAUGAAUAUGAUAUUGCCCGGAUGCCAGACUACUUUAAUGCAUGGUGGAAGGACAAUCUUGCCUCUUGCAAGGUCAUCUGUCCAAGAUGUGAUGGAGUUGGUUGAGGGCCAUUUUGCAGAACUUCCGGAUCAUGUGGAAACUGGACUGCUUCCAUAUAUGCUCAAGCUUGGCCUGUGCCAGCAGACAACAAUUGGUCAAGAGCUCAUGAACAUAUUGCAAGGGAGAAUGAUGAAACUUGAACAUUCAAGUGAUAGGUUGGCAUGCUUAGCUGGGCUGGUUGAGGAGAUCAGGAGGGCUGUGUUGUCCUCACAGGCGCUCAUGGACCGGUUGAACACAGAUGACAGUGCAUCCGAAGGACAGUAA